AUGGCAGGUGAGGACGAGCUGGCGCUCCAGGAGAUGAGCUCAGAGGCGGCGGACAGGCUGCGGGGGAGCUACCGAGAGCGGCAGGCGCGCAUGAUGCAAGACGAGGCCUUUGAUCAGCUGCAGCAGCAGCGUCAGCGUCUGCCGGUGGCGGAGUACCGCGAGCAGUUCCUGCGCACUGUCAGCAGACAAGGUGUGGUCGUGGUGAGUGGUGCCACCGGCAGUGGCAAGACCACCCAGGUGCCGCAGUACGUGCUGGAGGAUGCUCUGGAGGGAUCCGGGCCUUUGCCUAACAUCAUCGUCACCGAGCCCCGGCGGAUUUCGGCGGUGUCGGUGGCCAAGCGGGUGUCGCAGGAGAUGGGCGACCCAGAUGGGCCAGGCUCCAAGGAUGCACUGGUGGGCUACCAGAUCCGGCUGGAGAAGAAGGUCUCCAAGUCCACCCGCUUGCUCUUCUGCACGGUGGGGGUGCUCCUGAAGCAGAUGCAGCAGGGCUUGGGUGCUCUGGGCAAGGUGACUCACAUCUUCAUUGACGAGAUCCACGAGCGCUCGGCGGAUUGCGACUUGCUCCUCCUGCUGCUGCGCCAAAUCACCCGCUCCAGCCGCCCUGACCUCCGGCUAGUUCUCAUGAGCGCGACUUUGGAGACAGAGAAGCUGGUGAGGUACUUUGGCAGCGCCAGCUCUGUGCCGGUGCUCUCCAUCCCCGGCCGAACCUUCCCUGUGCAGCAAUUCUGGCUCGAGGAUGUCGUGCAGAUGACAGGCUACCGCUGCGAAGAGGACAGCGACUUCGCGAAGCGAGGUUGGAGCCGCGGCUGGCAAACCGAGAAGAAGACCUUCCAGGUGGCAGACAAGGGCAAGACUCAGACCAUCACAGCCUACAUCGAUGAGGAGGAUGACUGGGGCCUGGGCCCCAGCAAGGUGUCGGCGGUUCAACUUGCUCCCCUGCAGAUUGGCAUGGAGCCCAGAAGGAUAUAA